GUCUCUCUCUCCCCCAUAGAGCGCAGCAUGAGCGCUCCGCAGCAAAAGGAUGUGUGAGCAGGCAGCGCGCUACUGUAGGGACGGAGUCCACAAACUGCUGAACAAAGAACAAGCCAAACUUCGAGACCAGGAAACCCGCGAGCAGCCGAAACCCGUAGCCGGUCAGGACAGCGAGUCCGCGACGGCAGCGCAGUCCGGAAACAGCGGCGCCCAGCCCGGUGGAAUCGACGGGCUCGUCCGCUGGAUCGUCACCAAAAUGAGCGACAAGAACAUCUCCAGCCGGGAGUACGCCUCCAGCAAGGAGGACGUGGCCGUGGCUCAGGAGCAGUUCUUCGCCCCGGAGCCACGGAGAGGCAUCUCUGUUAUUUUGGAUAUAUUCAGAAGAGCUGACAAAGAUGAUGAUGGUAAGCUGUCUCUGGAUGAGUUCCAGGCUUUCUUCUCCGAUGGCACGCUGAACGAGGAAGAGCUGGAGAAGCUGUUUCACUCCAUCGACUCUGAUAACACCAGUAAUGUUGACACUAAGGAACUCUGUGACUACUUUGCCAAGCACAUGGGGGACUAUGAGGGAGUUUUGGCCUCGCUGGAAACACUCAACCUUUCCAUCCUCAAAGCCAUGGACUUCACCAAAAAGGUUUACGAGAGAGGAAGCAACGUGGAGCAGUUUGUGACCCGCUUCCUUCUGAAGGAAUCAGCCAAUCAGAUCCAGUCUCUUCUGAGCUCCGUGGAGAGUGCCGUGGACGCUAUCGACGAGCAGCACAGCCAAUCAGGCCAUCUACCUGCUAAGGUGAGUCCACGGAUGUCAGAGAGGGGCAACGAGAACACCGUCCCUGACUAUCCCCCCAACAACAGAGUCAGUGCCAGAACCAUCAACACUGCCUCAGGUGCCGUAGAGGUGAGGAAAGAAGGCCUGGACGCUCAGAUCAACCGCCUGGCUGAACUGAUUGGACGACUGGAGAAUAAGACAGUCUGGUUUGAUCUGCACCAGAGGCUAACAGACACAGAUGGUACUACCAGCGCAUCCUUGCUGCUGAUUCGUCAGGAGAUGGUGGUUUCCCAGAAGAAGCUUGGCGACUUUUGCGACGCUCUGAAGCAAUACCUGAAGAAUGUCUCCACUCAGAGAGACUGCUUUCAUGUGACUGCGGUGCGUCUGCCGGACGGUUUAUCUUUUGUCGUCUACGAGUUCUGGGAUGGAGAGGAGGAGUGGAAGAGGCACCUCCAGUCGGCCCCCAACAAAGCCUUUCAGCAUGUGAAGGUGGAUACACUGUGCCAGCCGGAGGCGAUGUCCUCUGUAGCUGUGCCAGCCGCCUGGUGCAGCGUGAACAGGGACUGAGCAUGAAGAUAUUCAGCGACUCGCCACGACUCCUGGACACUCCCCUCUUCCUCUUUGAACUAGCCCUCCAACCCUAAAACCUUUGCCCUCCUCUGCGUUUCACCCCCCUCCCCCUCCCCCUUCAACCCUCACAUUUCUCAACUCUUUUUGUAAGUACAUGUUUACACAGUGCAAAUGAAUGGUGUCAACUGCAGUGAAAAUUGAACAAACAGUGCAUUUUACAGUGUGAGAUUACUCAUUUUACUGGCUCAAGAUAUUGGAUUAUGUAACGUUCAUGUUUCAAGUAGCUUUGAGCCACUGUAGAGUGGAGUUUGUCAUGUAGCAAGGACCCUGGCGUUGAGUUUUUCAUGUAGCAGUAACGUUUUUUAGGUGGAGCAUUUUGGAAUGUGGCUUUUCUUUUCUUCUAACUCCUGUUAGGGUCGACCACAGGUAGCUCAUCUAGUUGGCCGUUAUUUCUUAGUAGCUUCUCAUUCCUGCUUCGGAUGUUAUUCUCACAUCAGCCAUUCUGCACCAUCUAAACACCUCGUCGCCAGAUUAGCUCCCAAUCUCAGGAAAACUGAACGCUUGAAUUUAGCUUGAAGGUUAGCUAACUCCCUAGCUCGCUGUCAAACUGACUUUUGAGUGUCUUAGUACGUCUCUGCACUGAUAUGGACAAGAGCCAGCAAAAAAACAGUAAUAUCGCAAACUAUCUUAAUAAAACAUUCAUUCAUACAGUAUAAUAAUACAUACAAUGUGCAUACAUGUAAUAUACAUUUUUUUAAGACAACCCCUAUUUUCCAAACCCCCGUUUUUGGAAAAGAUUAAUGAAUUUUUGGAUAUGAGAAUGACUCUGAAUAAUACGAGAAUGGCAGAUAUAACACAUCUGACAUCUUAAAUGCGUUUCAUUACAAAUAAAAACAAUCCAUGUCAAAGAGAAUCCGCAUUGACCUGCUUAACCAGAGAACCAGGGUUACAGUCGUAACUUUAGAUUAGAAACGCUGACUGAUCAAUUUGAGCUUGUUGAGUUUGCUCACAACAAGUAGGCUACAUGUGUGUACAAUGGCUGCUGUGGGAGUAAUGUCUAUUAUGGUAUAGGAACUUAUAAUCAUGUGUAAACACAGCACGUGGUUUUUAAUGAGCAACAGAACCCUAAACCCAAAUCUCUGUGAAGUCACGUAUGAUGAUUGAAUCCCUACAUGAGUAUGUGAAAACACCUGGCACCAAAGGCCAGCCCACAGGAGAGGGUCGGGUCAGUAUCCGGAAUUUUGAAAAGAUGUCAAUCUUCACAAAUAUUUGGGUGUGUAGAUGAUUCUGAUUGACAGACACGUAGAGAAACAGAGUUGGUUAUUUAUAGUUCUUCAUGUAGCUUUUAUUUCAUGAAAGCAGGGCCAUGGAAGAGGUGAGAUGAAUGGAUCGUUUUGCUGUCAAUGGAUAAUUUGUGACUUAGACAAGAGUCUGCUGCUACCUUGAGACAGAGAUAAGGGCAGCGCCUCACUGUUCUCCAUGCAGCUGAGGUUUGUUUCAUUUCUGCCUUCCGUUUGUGUACUCUGUGUCUGAAUUGGCAGUGGGUAGCUCAUAUUAGCCGUGUGAGUCCAGUAGAGAUUGUACAUAAUGAAAAUGUUGUUCUAUUAUGAUUAUAUUUGUAUUUAUGGACAUCUUUUAGUGCUAUGGUGCAAAGUUUUCCUCAGUGGAGGUGGCAGCAGCUCUCUAGGCGCUGCGGCUUCUCGUAAUGGUGAUUUUGAAUCCGAACGCCUACCAUCAGACACUUAUACCCAUCUGAAUGACGUUGAAUAUGAAGCCUUAAACAUCACAACAUGGUAGAGGAACUUUCAAAGGGGUUUUCAAAAGGUGACUUUCUUCUUUUUUGGUGUGACGUAAACUCCCAGGAAGCAGGGAAAUGCCCACUAGCGGUCUUUUCAUUGUGGUACCUCUCGGCAUCAGAUUACACAACACUAGAUUUGUGUUGCAUUGGCAUAUUACUGAUACGAAGAGUUUCUCCAAUUCAUUAGAUAUCUGUACAUCAGACGUUUUCAGUUUACAACAGUUUACUGGAGAAAUGACUUUGAAAAAGGACUUUGAGUCGCUUAGCAUACCGUAGCUGAUAGAUCAACAGCCUCAGCAUCAAUAUCACACAAUGAUCAUGUAUAUUAACACUAUCACCCCCAGCUAUAGGAGACCAAGGGUCUCAGUGCCUAGGACUCAACUGGAGGUCAAUACAGAAACACGUGGACCAUCACAAUCAAAUGCUGAAUGGGUCUAAUUGGCUGGGUCUGGUCUCUCAAACAAUUAGAAAAAGACCAAAGCCUGAAAAUGACAGUAUUGUUCAACUCUGGCAGUAAAGUGGCUCACAGUUCGACAGAAGGUCAGAGUUAAUCUUUGACUCCAUACUGUGCAUACAAACCAAAUAAAUACAAGUCAAUUCAAACCUCUGUAGUAAAUUGUGUGACUACAAACUGGCUUAAUUAGCAACAUUUCUUUCCUUCAGCCCAAUUGAUGCUGGAGAACACUAACCCGAACAACCGUAAUCAGGUAAACAAACCGGUUAUUUUCUGAGUCCGGCCAUUCUUGCGUUCCUGACCCACCCCCGCAUCUGUUGUGCUCGUCCUCGAUCUUGGCACAAAUCUCACCUGGAAUCAACCGCUCACCCUGGGGUGACCCUGAGGUUGAAUUUAGGUCAAAACACCCAGACUCAAUCCCCCCAGACGCCUCACCUUACCUCACCCCCACUAACACCACUAUGAGCCCACCACUGUAAUACAAUCAGACUCUCACUCAGAAAGCACAAUGUAAAAAAUGAGUGAAUAUUGUGACUUGAAGAUACAGUAUAUUAGAAGUUAUUGAGUAUGAUGAGAGUAUUUAAAGAUAUAUAGUGUUACUGUUUUAUCUGCUUAAAGAUGUGUUGAUGAGUCACUCUUUCUUUAUAGCUCUAUCUAUACUUUCAAAAGGUGCCAUCUUGCCAUCCACCUCACUGUUGAGUCUAUUUUCACAUGUGAACGACAGCCAGCCUGUCAUCUGCCACGACUGUGGUAGCAGUGAGUGGGGAUCCAGCUACACUGAUACUGGGCUGCAUUGAGCAGGGCAGGACUGUGUGGAAUGUGGAAGUGUUGAAUAUUAUUACAUAUGCUGUAACAGAAAUAGGUAUGACAGUAGGCUUGUAGAACAGGCAUGCAAAUGUGUUGCUGCUUUAUCUGUGAAAUGUCUCUACUAAUCUCUCAGUGUCUGUGUUAAAGGCACCCUGUGGAGUUUUUGACCACUAGUAGUGCUGUAGAGCAAUGUUUCACUGAGUUGUUUGAAUGGUGCAGGCCACAGGAUUCACAUUCUGGCCACUGGUUUCACGCCGUUUUGCUGAAUAACGGUAUAUAGCAGUAACGUGCCGAGAACUGUAGCAGUGCACCAACAAAAGGCAGAGAAGACAAAGGCUGCUGGCAAAUAUGGAUGUAAACUAUGCGAUAGAAAAAAAAUGGCUUUGUUAAUGUUUUAUGAGAAAGAAAACUCUCAAGGAGUCACGUAAUGGGGCUGUCAUGUCUCUUAGCAUCUGACUAGCUGCAGUUUAGGGUCCGGCUGAACCAGGACUCACAGGUUUUUAAAACGCAGCUACGUACAGGAGAUAACCUGCAGCUAAAUCUGAAGUAUGAAGAAGUUACCUUAAGAUCGGCGCAACACAGGUUCUUCAGAGGAAUGGGAAAUGAAUUUGUACUUGUAGAGCGCUUUUCUAGUCCUACAACCAAUCAAAGAGCUUUAGCGCUACACGUCAUUCACACCCAUUCAUGCACUGAUAGCAGCGGCUACCAUGCAAAGUGCCACCUGCCCGUCAGGACUAAACGCAUUCACG